AGCCAUCACAUGGAAGAAAUGCGUGGAAAAGGAGCUGCAUGUAUUUGCGUUUUGUUAUUGUUAUUGUAUAUAAAUUAUGCUUUUACUUCCUCCAGAAUCAAAACCUCAAUUUGCAUUUUGAGUGAGAAUAUUUCUGCCUUUACCAACAACAGCAUCAUGCAUGCAUUUGUACGUUAAUUAUGCGGACUUUCUUUCUUUUUCAGGUUUUUGAACAUUAUUCGCUUGACUUGUGUCAAAUCUUGACUGCGGAUUUGCUUGCGGAGCAGAGAGAUUGAGUGCAAUGUCCGACGCGCUCUUUUCUUCAGCAAACUUACUCUAAAGUUCUCUUUAUGGCGUUUCAAAAUGACAGACUCUAACUUGAGGAACGAAAGCAACUAUGGGAUCUAUUUCGCAGAAGCUCUCAAUUGCUCAGUUUCGCCCCAGAUGUUUCCAAACGACAGCAACACGACGUGCACGAACUUCACACUGGACUCCCAGGUCGUCGGGGUCGGCAUCACUCUCUCCGUUUUCAUUUUGGUGGCAAUUGUUGGGAACAUUUUGGUUAUCCUGUCUGUUGUAUGCAAUAAACACCUGCAGACUGUCACAAACUUCUUCAUCGUUAACUUAGCCAUGGCAGACCUGCUGCUGAGCAUCAUCGUGCUGCCUUUCUCUGCAUCUCUGGAGGUUCUGGGGUGCUGGGUGUUCGGUCGGAUUUUCUGCAACAUCUGGGCUGCGGUGGAUGUGCUCUGUUGCACCGCAUCCAUCCUCAGCCUCUGCAUCAUCUCCAUCGACCGGUACAUAGGUGUGAAACACUGCCUGAAAUACCCGAGCAUCAUGACAGAGAGGAAGGCGGUGGCUAUUUUAGUUCUGGUUUGGGUGUCAUCCACGGUCAUCUCUGUCGGACCGCUGCUGGGAUGGAAGGAACCGCCGCCUGUGGACGACAGCAUCUGCAGGAUCACAGAGGAGCCGGGCUACGCGCUCUUCUCCUCGCUCUUCUCUUUCUACCUCCCGCUCAUGGUCAUUCUCAUAAUGUAUUUUCGGGUCUACGUGGUGGCCCGAAGGACUACCAAGAGCCUCGAGGCGGGCGUCAAACGAGAGAGGGACAAGUCGAUGGAAGUGGUGCUGCGGAUACACUGUCGCAGCGUGCUGGAGGACGCGCGCCCGACCAGCUCAAAAAGCAGCAAAAACCACCCGUUUCGAAGUUCGCUCUCGGUGCGGCUGAUGAAGUUCUCCAGGGAGAAAAAGGCUGCUAAAACCCUUGCCAUCGUCGUGGGGAUGUUCAUCUUGUGCUGGCUGCCCUUUUUCUUCUUUCUGCCGAUGGGCUCCUUCUUCCCGGCGCUGAAGCCAUCCGAAACCGUGUUCAAGGUGAUCUUUUGGUUGGGCUACUUCAACAGCUGCAUCAACCCCAUGAUCUACCCCUGCUCCAGCAAAGAGUUCCAGCGGGCUUUCACUCGGCUCCUCAGGUGCCAGUGUCACCAGAGGCAGAGGGUCCUGCGUCGCUUCUAUGACCAGAGGUGGAGAACAGCCGUCAAGGGAAUGACAAGGGAUCAGAGGGGAGACUAUAAACCUGGCUAUGCUGUGCAUGAAUCCUGUGGCAGCUCUUUGUUGCAGAAGGGGAAAGGGCGCUCGCUGCGUUUCAAGAGAUGGAGUCUGUUUCCACCGCUGCAAAAGUCCUCCUUCCAGCUCAAAGAGAAAGUGAACAAUCUGUCAAACAAAAUCAAGGGAGGGACAGGAAAAAGCACCACACCUGCAGUGGGCCGGAUUGAUAUAGUAGACACAGUCUCGAUGGGGAUUUACAACUGUGAGCAGAGCAGUUAUCAGUUCUACGAUCUGGCAGACUGCUACGGCCUGAAAGAGACUGACAUUUAGAGGGCCACCGGAAAAUGUUUUAUUUAUUUUCAAAGGGUCACAUUGGAUCAACUUGCAAGAGAGACUGUGAUGGGGCAAACUAUCUGAGAAUCAAAGCCUGAUUAAAGCUGCGGACUGAGAAGGGUGGCUCGAUCCCAGCACAAACAGGACUAAGACUUUAUCUCAAUCCUUCAUCCCCAUCAUGUUUAUUUAAGAUGAAACUAAUUGUGAGCGGCCACAUUUUGGAAGUGGACACAAACUUAGCUAGACCCUUGACUGCUGUGAAAGCACUGUGCAUUGACAUUUCAACGGCCACAGCUGACCGAUGUACGCACUUUCUGCAAGACAUUUAACAUAGGCGUCAUUAUCACUGAUACACUUAUUUGUCUAAACUUCCUAUCAGCUGACACUGUGCGAUGACUGCCAAUGAACAGUGACUGCUCUGUUUGACAUCCGGCUGAUUUUAAAAAAGAAAAAAAAAACAUAACUGUAAUGAAGUGAGGCAAAUAUUUUGAAGCUCAAACAGAGCAAAGUUAGUCAUAAGUGCAAUUUUUAUUGUCGCCAGAAUGUCUGGAUUUUAUCAGAUGUAAUGUGUCAGAGUGAAUUAUGAUACUUCGUUCGCCAUUUUUCUGUUUUGACAAGGCAUUGUAAAGAUAAGAGGCCAGCUAAGAAUAAAGAUGCUGCACGGUAUUUAUUCUAGCAGUUGGAUUUAUGAAUAUGUACACUUGUUUGAUUAGAAAAACCAUGAGUCUACUCGGCCAAGUGAACGCUAAUGUGAAAUGAAUGUGCUUUUUU